AUGGAACUGCUAUUUCGGGUUUUUGGUUUUCUAGCUCUUAAUGUGCUUUUUCAUGUGCACGCUCAAACAGGAUUCAUAAGCAUUGAUUGUGGAGUGAAUGAGGACUACAUAGACAACACAACCAAACUCUUUUACAGUACGGAUGCAAAAUUCAUAGACAGCGGAGUAAGCAAGAACAUCCCUCAUGAUUUCAAGUCCCCAAUUUUUGAAAAACAGCUCACGACUGUUCGAAGCUUCCCAAAAGGAGUCAAGAAUUGCUACACCCUACCAGCGGAACAAGGCAAUAAGUACUUGAUCAGAGCUGUAUUCAUGUGUGGUAAUGUUCAAGAGUACAAUGAUCAGCUUCCAGAAUUCAAACUAUAUCUGGGUGUCGAAGAAUGGGACACAGUGAAAUUCAACUCUUCAUAUAGUAUCUUCCGCACGGAAAUCAUACAUGUCACUAGAACAGAUGAAAUAUAUAUGUGUCUUGUAAACACUGAUUCUGGGACACCUUUCAUUUCUGCAUUAGAGCUCAGGCCGAUUGAUAAUUCCAUUUAUAACAAAACUCAAUCUGGAUCGCUGGUGCUUUUUAACAGGCUCAAUUCCGGUUCACAAACCAAUGAGACAGUCAGAUAUGGAGACGAUGUGUUGGAUCGCAUGUGGGUACCGUUCAACUCGAUUUAUUGGAAAGCCAUCAAAGCACCCUAUAGUAGUUCUGUGCUAAGCGAAAAUGAAUUUAAACUUCCGGCCACGGUAAUGGAGACUGCUGUAAAGCCUGUGAAUGGAUCUUUGGACUUCUAUUUGGUGGGGAUUGAUUCUUCUCAAGAAUUUUACAUGGAUUUAUCUAACAAUAGUUUAAGUGGAGACGUGCCUGAAUUUCUAUCUGAAAUGUCUUCCUUGAAGACCUUGAACCUAUCAGGGAAUAAAUUGACAGGGUCGGUUCCUUCGGCCCUCCUUGCAAAAUCUAAUGAUGGAACCUUGACUUUGAGUUUGGAUGGGAAUCCGGAUCUUUGUCAAAACAACUCAUGUAACACAAAGACGAAAACGAAGAACUCGGUUGCUGUUCCUGUAGUUGCAUCCAUUGCUUCCUUCGUGGUCCUCUUAGGUGCAAUAUUUGCCAUCUAUUGGCACUUCAUAAGGGGCAGAAGACAUGGUACACAUGCUGGAGUCCAACCUAAUGAUCAAGAAAGUGUAUCACAAUUUGACUUAAAGAAACCAGAUGUACCUAAUGAAGAAGAGAACUUGGAAUUGGAGUUAGAAGAAAUACAAAAGGAAAUGAUCAAACCUAAUGAAAAGCUGGAGGCAAAGAAGCAAUGCCUUAGUUACUCUGAGGUUAAAAGGAUUACUAACAACUUUCGAGAGGUGAUUGGACACGGAGGAUCUGGAUUAGUUUAUAGUGGCCAUUUAAGCCAUGGCAUUAAAGUUGCUGUCAAGAAGUUGUCACCCACUUCGCAUCAAUCUUUCGAGCAAUUUCGAAAUGAGGCUCGGCUGUUGUCAACAAUUCAUCAUAGAAACUUGGUUUCUCUAAUGGGGUACUGCGACGAGGACUCAAACAUGUUGCUAAUUUACGAGUAUAUGGCUAAUGGGAACUUGAAAGAACAUUUAUCAGGUAAAAUUGGGUCGGUCUUGAGUUGGGAACAAAGACUUCACAUAGCGAUUGAGGCAGCACAAGCACUGGAAUAUUUGCAUGAAGGUUGCGAUCCAUCCAUAAUUCACAGAGAUGUUAAGGCUGCCAACAUCCUAUUGAAUGAAAAAAUGCAAGCCAAAGUAGCAGAUUUUGGGUGGUCCAGAAGCAUGCCCUCUGAAAAUCCAUCUCAUGUAUCAACGACCUUUGUUGUUGGCACUUCUGGGUACCUUGACCCUCAGUACAACAGAACUGGACAGUUGACUAAGGAAAGUGAUGUUUAUAGCUUUGGGAUUGUUCUUUUAGAGCUUAUUUCCGGCCGGCCUGCAAUAAUGGAGGAAAAUCGCAGCAUAUUGGAUUGGGUCCGUCCCAUUAUUGAAAGAGGAGAAAUAGAAGACAUUGUGGAUCCAAGGUUACAAGGAAUCUUCAAUACUAACUCUGCCUGGAGAGCUAUAGAGACAGCAAUGUGUUGCGUACCAUUCAGCUCCACAGAAAGGAAAACUAUGAGUUAUAUAGUGAGAGAAUUGAAAGAGUGUCUGAAGCUGGUAGAGAUGAGUAGCACUUCAAAUACAGGAAUAAGCAUUACUCAACCUAUUGGACCUGCAACCGGUCCUCGAGCAAGAUAG